GUUCCAGGCUCAACAGUACUGGCCGCUAGAUGACAGCAAGGUAUAUAUUCUCAUUACCAGCUGUCAAGCUCGUUGAGCUGCACUUCUGUCCCAGCGUGCAAAAUGGCUUCACUAAUCAAUGGUCUGCUCCAUGCUACCAACUACAAAUCCGCCUUCCUCCGCACCCUCGUACCUAGCAUAGGCCUCGCAUUUGGUCUCCAAGCCGCAACAGCAGUCCCGUCGAUUCUACUCCAAACCGAACGCUUCUACGACCUGUCAGGCUCGCUGACAUACAUCUCCUGCGCCGCCUUAUCCCUCUACCUCCCGACUAUCCGAGCACGCCUCGCAGCAGGCCCGGGAAAUGGCCCGGCAUGGCCGAGUCUUCUAGCAAGCCUGACGAGCAAAGGCGGCGUAAACAUGUGGAACUGGCGACAAGUGGUUCUCAGUGCCUUUGUGACAGUCUGGGCAGCAAGACUGGGCAGCUUCCUGUUUUCGCGCAUCACGGCUGAAGAUGGCAAGGAUAGCAGAUUUGACAACAUCCGUACAAGCCCUGCCAAAUUCGGCGUGGCGUUCUUCGCGCAGGCUGCUUGGGUUUCCCUCUGUUUGAUGCCUGUGUUGGCGAUUAACAGUAUUCCGGCCACGACACUUGCUGCUCUGCCUUUCUUGACUAUCACUGAUGUGCUUGGUGUGCUGUUGUACUUGGGAGGUAUUGGAUUUGAGGCUACGGCGGAUAGGCAAAAGUCGCAAUGGAUGAAGGAGAAGAAAGAGAAGAAGCACUCGGAAGAUUUCUUGACAAGGGGACUUUGGAGCAAGAGCAGACAUCCCAACUACUUCGGUGAGAGCACUCUCUGGACAGGAAUUGCCACGACUGCAGCAGGAGUCAUGCUCAGCAGCGUCGGACAGGCAGGUAUGGGAUUCAGCGGCGGUGCUGUCAGCAGAAUUGGUGCUCUGGCAAUGGCAUACGUCAGCCCGGCAUUCGUCACGUUUCUGCUAUUCAAGGUCUCCGGAAUUCCAUUGUCGGAGGAGAAGUACGACAAGCGCUACGGCGAUCGGAAAGACUACCAGGAAUGGAAGAAAAACACUCCCAUGUUCAUCCCAAAACUGUAAAAUAUGCUCGCAAGUUUCUAUUUCAAUUAAUGCAACAACUACUCCUGUGGCGAGCUGAGCAUAUCUCAGUCCUGGUACUUUUGAGUGCCCUUGCACGAGUUCGAGUCAGCUUUCCUUGACUCUCACAUGCUAAUGUCAUCGC